ACAUAAAAAAAAACAAACGUCAUCAAUAUGUCACCAUUGUUCGCUUAGCCAUGACUGAAAGAUGUCAAACGAAGUUUACGGAAAAAUUUGAAAAUCAAAAUUAUGUUAUUUAUGUGGGAAUCAUUGUUGCUUCGCUAGCCGUGUCAUAUGUUUACAGAUUUCACUUCGCGACGAUAGCAGUCACCUAUGUGCUGGGAUGUGUGGCUUGUUAUUACGGGCUGAAUUCUAACGUUCUAGACAGUUUAGUGAAUAAAAUAAAGUGCCAUUCAGUGGUGAGCAAUGUUGAGAAUGAGGCCGAGAAAAGCGGCGAAACGGGUUGUGCUACAUGUGGCUCUGACAGCUGUCCCCGACAUGACUCUGCCGCAUCCUCGGAGCCCUGGGUGGGGCUCCAAAUACACAAACAGUUGGACGAAGCCAUUGAACAGUUUUACAACGCGAUACUGGAACAGUUUAUCGGCGCGUGGUACAAGAGAUUGUCAGAGAGAUGGCUUUUUACUGACGAGUUGAGGUUGCAACUCAGACGAGCGUCUGCUAGACUUCUGCGGAGGGCGCUGAAGGUGAACUACUCCCGUUUCCUAACGGAGCGUCUAAUCCCAUGCGCGCUGCGUCACUACACGCUGUACGCUGAGGCGGGAGCGGACGCGGACGCGGACGCGGGCGCGGGCGCGGGGCGGGCGGUGCACGGCGCCGCCUGCAGCCGCGCCGCAGAACUUAAAUAUUUAAGGAGCGUCACGGACGCUAUUAUGCCAUAUUUGCUUAAUGAUGACGAGUUACAUAGUGCAGUAUUUCACGUCCUGGUCCGUGAAAUAUUCGCCGGCUGGGUGUUAUUGUCCCUAACGGACCUCCUGGCGGACCCUUACAUAAUUAACGCUCUUAUAAUACUGGCCACGGGGGAUGAGACCAUGGCGCAGUUGAAAACUACGCCCGACUAUAGGGUGGAGUUCCUGUCGACAUUAGCCCGACAAUCCGGUUCCACGCACGAAGAGCGAGCGCGGCUUCUUCACGUAGACCUGGAACUGCUGGUGGGCGAGCCGCGCCAUCUAUACGCCUUCAUGCAACACGUCAAGUCUACAAGCCAGCUGCAGCUCCUACAAUUUUAUAAAGACAUCAGUGAGUGUUAUGCCAUAUUAAACCUUAUUACAAAGAGAUAG